UUUGUGUGCCUAUUGUUGUUGUUUCCCCAUUUUUCAUUUUGCUUUUGCAAGCUAAGAUGGGGUGGUUACAGUCCAAUUUGCCACUGAUGGCUAUGUUAAUGAAUCAGUUCAUUUAUGCAGGUAUUAGUCUCAGCUCAAGACUUGCUUUCUUACAUGGAAUGAAACCCUCAGUAUAUGUUGUGUACCGUCAUGUUUUUGCAACCAUUGUCAUUGCCCCCAUAGCUUAUUUCUCAGGAAGAAAUUCUGGCUCCUAUCACUUGAAUUUAAAGAGUUUUUCCUGGAUUUUCUUCAUCUCCCUAAUUGGCAUUACGGUGAAUCAAAAUUUAUUUUUUGAGGGGAUAUAUCUGUCUUCUUCUUCAACAGCAAGUGCAAUGGCGAAUCUUGUUCCAGCCUUCACAUUUGUAAUAGCAGCUUGCACAGGAUUGGAGAGUGUGAAUAUUAGAAGCAUGAGAUCUAUAGCGAAGAUAUUAGGGACAGUGGUGUGUGUAAGUGGAGCACUGUCAAUAGCUUUGUUGAAGGGCCAAACGCUUCUAAAUGUGGGCAUUGGAGGAGACAACUGGUUGAUGGGUUGUCUUUCUCUCUUUGGAUCAUGCACUGCUUGGUCACUUUGGCUCAUUUUGCAGGUUCCGGCCUCUAAUAGUCACCCUGAUCACUUGUCCUUCUCAGCUUGGAUGUGUUUCAUGGCAACUUUUCAAUCCGCAGCGGUGACUCUAGUCGUGGAGCCAGACGUUAAUGCAUGGAAGAUUCACUCUCUACUUGAAUUUGGAUGCUCUUUAUAUGCAGGAGUAAUGGGAUCUGCAGUAUUGUUCUUUCUUCAAGCAUGGUGCAUUUCAAAGAGAGGUCCUCUUUUCUCUGCGAUGUUCAAUCCUCUUUUCACAGUGAUUGCGACCGUUUUGGCUGCCAUAUUACUUCACGAGAAAAUAUAUGUAGGAAGUUUGCUAGGCGCAAUUGGAGUGAUCAUUGGCUUGUAUGUGGUGCUUUGGGGUAAAGCAGAAGAAGUUGCGGUGAAAGAGGAGGAAGAUCCAAAAUCACAGGUUAAUUCUUCCACAGAGGAUGUGAACGUUUUGAUAGAUAAUGAAUCUCAUGAAAAAACAUGUAAAAAUGAUUUGGAACAACCCCUUUUAUCUUCUGAAUCUCCUUCUCAUCGUUGAAAGGAGCUUUUUUUUUUUUUUUUUUCUUCUAGAAUUGAAUGUUGUAAUAGCCUUGUGCCAUGCACAUUAAUAAUUGAAAUCAGUUAAGGUAUUAAUUAUAGAAGAAA